AUGGCUCUCUUCGACUUGAUCUCAUCUAUGACUCACACCAACCUCUCUGGUGCCGCUUCCUCCUCUUCCUCUAAACCUGUGGCUGAACCUACACACGAAUCCGAACCAUCUACAUCGACUCCGGCCACGAUCGUUGAUCAACCUGAACCCAAAUCGAUAACUACGCCCGAACCAAUAACUGAAUCAUCGCCUGUAUCUUCUGAAUCUGAACCUCUUGUGGAAACGGUUGUGAUCACACCGGAACCCGUCAUCGAAUCCACAUCGGAAUCUCAACCUGAACCUCAACCUGAAACUGAAAUGGAACCGGUGGUCACAACGGAACAGAUUACUGCCGCUACUGAAUCUCCUGCUGAUACCGUUUCCUCCGCCGAGGAAGUCAAAGAGACUCUUCAGCCUGAGGUUGCCCCUAUUGAAGAAGUCGCAGCUACAUCAGUAGUCGAGCCUCUUAAGGAUGAUGUUAAUAAGCAACCUACGGUGACCCACGCAGAGGCUGGUACCGAUCACACCGAAGCCGAUGUCGCCACCAAAGUUGACGGCACUCAAGCUGAUAAACCUAUUGAAGCUGUGACUGAGACUCCCGCUACCACGGAGAAGACUGCUAAACCUGCUGAGGUCAAAGAGGAGAAGAAGGAGGAAAAGAAGACUCCAGUCAAGGAAAAAGUAGAGAAGACCAAAGCUGAAGGUAAAGGUUUCUUCGCUAAACUUUUCGGAAACAAAGACAAGUCUCCCAAGAAGGAGAAGAAGAAGACCCCUAAGGUCGAGAAAGCAGACCCCAUCGCCCAAGCACCUUCUACUGCCGUUGAACCCGCUGCCACACCUGUUCCCGAAACUUCAGAGCCCGCUGUGACCGCUGUCCCGGAAUCAAUCUCAGGACCUGUCGUCGAGACCGCGGUCCCUAUUGUUGAACCUACUCCUGUAGUAGCCGAGCCAGUUGUAGAAGCUCCUAAAGAGCCUGCCAAGGAGGUUUCCAAAGAAACCAGAGAUGAGGCACACAAACCCAACCUCAAGGCUCACCGACGGCUUUCCGCUCGAAUCACUGAUAUAUUCAAGAUCAAGAAGACUCACGGACCUGCUUCUCCCAAAGAGGAGAUCACCAAAGAGGAAGCCACUGGAUCUGCUGAAACCGAUGCCGCUGCUCCCGUCGCUGUUUCUGACGAAGCUCCUAAACUUGAAAAGCCUAUUUCCACCGAGCCUUUGAAGCUUGAGGGGGAACCGAUGUCAAGCGGGCAACCACCAGCUGCUCCCAUCGUCUCUGCUACCGCUUAG